UGGCAUGACUAGGGAUAGUGACACACUGUAUGUGCUCAAAUGACUCAAACACUUCACGGCAACUGGCAAAGUGUAGAAGGUCCGAGAGGAAUUUACCUGGAGUGGAUCACUGAUCGCAGUUGAUCCCAUCAAUCAUCGUCUCAUUGUAAAAAUAAAUCUUCAACCAAAAGUUGCGAUGAGGAAGAAGACACUGUACUUGUUGGAAGAAGUUGUCAUGGCACUCCUGGAGAAAGACUUUUGUGGGGAAAUCCUGUAGGACUCAACUGAUUUGGAGGCAGAAUGUUUCUUCCCGGAUGGUCCUUUUGGUGUGUUUUAUUCACUCUGUCACACUGGGCUUUGGCAACUUCUGGAUAUGCCAGCCAUGAAGUCAUGUGCUUGCAGGGACUUUCUGAUUGUACCAUUGAGGAUACGAUGCUUCUCGCACCAGAGAAAAACGACGUGGCCGUCCGAAACCUGAAUCCAUAUUUCAAGCUGUGCUGCAGGGACGGUGCACAAUGUGCGCUGUGUCUGGUGAUGGACGCAGGGAUUGACUUCAAACCAGAUAACGACGCAGGGGGAGAAGACCACUCUGGGUACGAUGAAGAGGAUUAUAGCGAGGAGAUAGUGAGAAAUCCAAGAGCGUCUGUGACACUGUGUUACAGUCCAGUAUCUGUCAUGCCCUCGUGCAAGAAGGUGGAGUUUACGGUUAAUCAUGAGGCUCUUACUCAGAGAGACUGGGCAAAGUUUACAGUGGUGAUCAAAAAGCCAGCCGGCGUUUCCUUCAGCACUCAUGUCACUGUUUAUUCUUCUAAACCGACACAUCUAAGCAGAGAAAUUGACGCUCCUUCUCUAAAUGAAGUGUGCUCCCAGGAGCUGCAGGAACGUGUGGAACAGUGUCGGGUGCCCAGACUCAUCAGUGUAAUUAACCAAAAGAUGAGUUGGGUGGAGCUGAAGUUGGCAGACACUAAUGAAAGCCUGCCCUCCGUGUGCGUCCAGUACGAGAAGAAUGGAACAUGUCUGGAAUGGAACAGAAGGCCCAUCCCUCUGUACUCUGUGACCCCCUGCAUGUGUUUCCAGGUAUUGAAUACCAAGGACGAGCUGAGGCGCCCUCAAAGCUGCCCCUUCGUUAACACAGAUUCCCUCCGAGGGAACGUGUGGCAGAACGUGUCGGUGUCCAUGAGACUGGGUCAAGUCAACAACGCCCACUCAAUGCUGCGGUGGAACCUGUCUGCCCCCUGCAGGCUGGAAGGGGAAGUGUGGCUCUGCCACAACGAACUCCCCUGCAGGGAAGUGGAGGGUUUCAGACAACAGCUGGCAACCAGCACUUGGAGACAAAACAGCCAGGGACAGUGGGUGAAAAAAGGAGUGUUCGACAAAAUCAAAAUUCAUCUCUCACCAUGUGUGAUGGUGAAGCUUGAGGGGAAAGUGCUGGGUCCUUUCUGUUUGGAAAACACCGGCAGGUGGCGCUGGAGCCUCCUGGUUGUUGGACUCAUGCUGCUGGUUUUCUUGACUGUUCUUGCAUUUUAUUUCCUUCAUGACGUUGUGAAAGAGUGGGUGUGGAGCUGUCGUCAUGGCGGAUUUGUGAAAAUUUCCAACAAGGGUCACGUGGUGCUGCUGAGCCCCCCAGAUGUGGACGAUAGUGUUUCGGAAUCAGUAUGUCAGCUCGGUGCACAGCUGCGUAACCGAGGCUUCAACGUGCUCGUGGACCAGUGCAGCAGGAAGGAGCAGUGCAAUCUAGGGCCUCUUCCGUGGCUGCACGGCCAGCUGAUGGAGAUGAACCGCCGGGGGGGCACAUUUGUGCUGGUCUUGACCCACGCGGCCUUGAACAGAGCAGAGGAACGGGCCCAACGGAGCAAAGAGGUUGUCAAGACAACGGGGGAUCACACGGGCCUCCCUGAGAUCAUCUCCCCUUACUCCGAUGUCUUCGUCGCCUCCCUGUCCCUCAUCCAAGCGGACAAGCAGCUGGGCAGAGCCGGAGAACAUUUUCUUCUGGUGACACUGGGCUCCCAUCCAAAAGGUGACAGGAGACUACCAGAGCUUCUUCGAGGGCUGCCCUUGUUCCAGCUUCCCUCUCAGACCAAGGCUCUCUUGCAUGAGCUCACUGUGGGAAGCAGUGCGAGAGGAUCGGGGAGGAGGACAUGGACAGGGUGGGAAUGGAUUACCUCAGGCGGGAGGACAAAGAUAUCUCAGAAGGCAUCCUACGGUAAAGGUGCUGAAGAUGAGGACAUUUUGUGACAAAGCACUUUGAAAAGGAUUGCUGCUCUGUGCGUGAAGGACAAGUUGAUCCAAAGUGUGAGUGAGAUAAUCAUGAGGCAAUUUUUUCUGUUUUUUGUUAUUGUCAAGAAAUGCUGUGAAAUUAACUACAACACGUUUAUCUUAUAUCUAAUAGAUUUAUUCCUACCUUCACUUACCUUUGUGACUUUUUCAGUCGCGUUAUGAAAAAAAGAAGUUAAAUUAAAUUGUGACUAACUGCAGUAGUUUGUCUCUAUGUUACCUCAAGAAGAGAAAGCAGUGUAUUUGUUAGGGAUUAUUUUCAGCCGUGUAAGCAAGUAGAACAGAGUCUGUGAGUCAAAUGUUUUUGAUGGCGUUCAUACAGACUAAGUAUUGUCUUUAUGUUUAUCAUAUACAGUGUAACUUUUACCUUCUAUGUAAAUGCUUCCCUUAAUAGUCAUUCUAUUCAUUCAUUGUAUAAGAACAUGUCGUUCAUUAGCACACUGUUAUUUUCCUUUUAGCUGAAGAUCGGAUAUCCAGAUGAGCUGUACACAGGGUGCGGACUAGCUGCUGGACCGGUGAUGCCUUUUCUUGAGGGUUUACGUGAGGAGGGGGAUUGCACAACUAGUGCAUUUGGAUCUUUCCUUGACUUGGAAACCUCAUUCCAGCAGAUUGAACUUGAAUAUCGAUUGAAUAUUAAAGAAGGCCUUUACUUUAAUUUAUUAACUGUACAUUUGAUAGGUCAAACCUGAAUGUCAUGCAAGAGUUUGUGUUUGCCCAAAGAUUACUAUUAUUUCUUUUGGUUAAUUAUUUAUUGAAAGUAGAGGGUUAGGGUUUAUAGACAUUCCCUUAUAUUUUAACACGCUUUUAUGUAUUAAAGAGGAUUUUUUUA